UCUGUGGGGCCGCCGAUUUGUAGAGGCAGUGCCCUGGAGAAGCUCAAAAUGAGAAAACACACACCAGCCGACUUUUAAUGAGCUCGUCUGUUCAUCGUACGGUGAUCUGUUCUUAUCAAACCUUGCAAUGGACCGAUAUGUGUUGUUAGUGGUUUGGAAUUAUAGAGGUGACCAAGGUCAAGGUGAAGAGUUUUCUGAGCUAACAGCUAUUAAACGUGUCUAUGAACUACUGAGAAAGAAUGCUAGUAUCUCUUCAGAUUCGAGAUUGGCCUUGUUUCCAGCCUGUUCAAUAUCCGGUGGCCCAACACCGCAGAAAUGGUUCUUUGCAAUUCAGGCAAUACAUGGCUUUUCACAGUUCUGUAGUCCAGAAUGGGAUGAAAUUGGUUCCAGUGAGAAGGACAGAGACUGUGAGGAACCUUUGCCAGUAUUAAUCGAAGAAUGUCUGAAUAGUAUAAAUAGUUAUGAGGAAGAGGACAGUGAUGUGAAAGAACCGCUGUCCCUGAGUGAGUUAUUUGAGGAAGCUGCUGAGGGUCUACAUCAACUGGCAGAUAAAUUGCCUCCUCCAGGCAAAGGGUUAUUGGAUCUAAUUCUACUGGUCUCCGAUCAUGGUGUUCCUAGGCUGAAAGACUGGCUUCCUGUUGUGGGUGCACUUAAGCAUCUAAGAGAGUGGCAUUCAGCAGAAAUUAUCAUUGCGGUAAAGAAUAGCAAGUGUUGGCAGAAAAUUUCUGAGAACCUUGGAGCAACUGUGGUAAAUCCAGAAAAUUUUGAGAACAUGAUUGAUCCAUUGCUAAUUUGGAGAGGGGACAUUCACAUCAAAGAGCGAAAGUUUGCUUCUGAGGUCAUGUUUCCAGGAUUCUGCUUGAAAGCUGGCACUCAAAACAUUUUCAAUUAUUUAAAAAGUUCCAAUACAUCAUUUGAAGAUGCAUCCAUGACAUCGAGAACAACAGAUGCAAAAGGAGAGACUUUUUAUUAUUAUAAGCCAGUGUUGGAGUUUGUGCAGUUGGUGGCGCUAUCAGACCUUCCCUCCUACUUCCGAUCUGGAAUUGAGUUUGAGUUCUCUUUAUCAAGAACUAAAGCUCAAGGCAAAUCUAAACAACUACUGAACCAACUUUCUUCUCUACAAGGAAAGGUUGGAGCUCUUUUUAAUCUAUCUUGUACAGUAAGCAACACUCAGAUUCCGCCUGCUAACCAGUACAGUACACGGAAAUGGAAAGAUUACGUGGCAAGAAAGCCAAAAUGCAUUAAUGUUCCAGAGAUCGAGAUGAAAGGAGAGGUUUGCAGUUACUACCUGAUGGUUCAAAGCAAUUGUCGAGGUGGCUGUAAGGCAAUCCUGAUUCAUUCAGCCAAUCAGAUUAAUGGAGCUGCAGCUAUAGCCAUAGUGAAUGGGAUCCUGGAAGAAAGACUUGAAGACAAAGAAGGUGAAGAGUGUGAUGUUGCAGAGCUUCUUGGGGCAAUGCCUUAUCUUACUGAAGAUCAGCUUGUAGACCGAGAGAAGAAACUGGCACAAGUUCAAACACUUGCUUUACGAGAGUUUCUAAAAAGCAGGCAGAUAAGUAAAAUGCCCUUGUUGAUUCCAAUUAAUGAAUUAAAGGCAUUGUUGACAUUGGUGCGAGAACAGUACUUUGGGCAAUAUGACAGGAAUCUGCCAAGCAAUAUUUUGGGCAAUGUAUGUCAGAGACAAGAGGAAGCUAUUAAACGUACUGAAACUGACAGCUCAACCCUGAGUCCAUCACAGUGGCCUGAGAGAAGUGUUCUUGAACGCUAUGAAAAUCUUGAAAGAACUAGACAGAAGUCCAGAGUUGGUUCCAUGUUAACAAGCUCAUCUGAGAUUCUGUUGGGACUCAAGGAUAGCCAAAGAUUACUUCCAGUUCAGCUUGACGCCAAAGAACUGCUAAAAUAUUUUACACCUGAAGGUUUUCCAGUUGCUGAGCUCCAACCUUUACAAAUACAGCGAGGUGAAAAUGAGUUUCCACUAACCCCUGAGAUGACUCUGCAGAAGCUGAAAGGUUUGCCGUUUGAAAAGGCUACUGAAUGCCACUACCAUGGAGUUGAGUAUUGCCUGGACAACAGCAGAGCACUUGAAAAGGAUAUUCGAUUUGGGAAACUUCAGUCUCGCCUUAUCCGCUAUGAAACUAACACAACCUGUUCGAGAGAACAGUGUCCAGUUAUUUAUGGAUUAAGCCCACUGUCGUCUCCUGCAGUCCUUUCAGAACCUGGAAGUGUACCGGAUGGUGAAGCUUUCCAGAACGAUCAGAAAAAUACUGGUGGGACAGGACAAAAGCAUACAUCAAGGAAGGUGGAGAGUUUCCAACUCAGCAAAAGACUUAGCAAAUCCAAAAGCACAGAAUCUCUGAAUUCCCAGUAUUCACUACGAACAUCACAGGAGGCUGGAAAUAAUGGAAAUAAUUCAGUCGCUGGUUUGCGGGAACAUGGUCAAAGCCUUGCAACUGUUUCAGCUUCCAGUAAGAAGCCCAAUAGCCAGAUUCAGAGAAUGGCAACAAAGGCUUGUCAUGAAAGUGUGAAAAAAGAAUCACGAUCUCAGAAGCACAAAAGGAUGCUGAAAGAAGUUGUGGCAAAAGUACUCGAAAGUAAUGGAAUUUCAAAGAAGCAUAAAUCUUUUCUAUCUUGCAGUCAACGUUUGUUUAAAAUAUCCAUGCUUUACCUGAAGGAUUUAAAAACGUCACGUGGACUACAUGAAGAAAUGAAAAAGACUGCAAACAAUAAUGUGCGACAGGUGAUUGACUGGGUGUUAGAAAAAACUGACGUGAAGUGAAAUUCAGGAACUCUAACUGGAAACUCUUACUCAGUCUGCUGGGACUUCACCGAAGAGCUCUUCACAUGAAAGAAUACAACGUAACCCAAAUAUAAAAACAUGUUUAAUUGUGUUACAUAGCAACAUCAGUGUAAUUUUGUUUCUAUUCUGAAGGCUGAAAUACUUCGAGGCCAGUAGAAUAAUUGAGAUUUUGCUUUUUAUAUUUGUAUUGAAACUGUGCAUUUCAUUCCGAAGGCAUAUAUAAUCCAGUUAAAGAUUUUAAUCUUAAAUUUUUACCAUAUUUAAAUUUUAAAACUAAAACAUGCUGGUUUUUACCUGAUCCAUUUUAAACCACAUGACUUGUGACGGAACAAAACUGCCAUAAAUCCACCCUAUCAGUUGCUGUAGGUAUGCCAGCUGCUUCAAAAUCUAGUUUGUUAAAUAGUGUAAAAUGACUUUGAAAUACUUUAUAAGCUUUCAAAAACAAAAAAAAGUCAUGACAGCAAGCACCCAAAUACCAAAAACCGAAUUAACUUAAAAUGGAGGCCAUCUUCCCUGUCCUCUUUUAGAUAUAGGAUUUGCCCUGCUUUGGUAUGAAAGUAGUAAUCAUCGGACAAAGUCCAUUCUUGUGAUUUUUUUUUAAUGAAGAAUUAUAAUGUGACCCUUCCUUACCACAUCUUGUUAAGUAGCCUUUGAAUAUUAUCUGAGCCGAACAAUUAAGAAGCAUCCUGUGUCCCUUUAUUAUAGCUCUCAGAAUAGAAAAUGUUCUAUUCUGGUUUUCCAAAACAAAUGCUGCAGCUUAACGUAGAAAUCUGUACAUUUAUAUGUACUAGAAGUCUCUAGUAUUAUUUUAAUGCUAUUUCUUGUUUCUACUCUUCUUUUCCCUCAACAUCUCCAAUAACUUAAACAUUUUAAAAUCCAAAUUGUUGACAGCCAUUUGAAAAAUGAAGGAUAAAAACUGGAAUAUAUCUAAACUGAUGAUCAUUGUUUUAAAAUAUGAAACAGCUAAAAAGUAUGGGAGAAAGCAGUCCAAGUAACAUCCAGAGCAUCAUCUGUAAAUGGAGAAUUCUACAGGCUGUUCUCAAACAAUAUCUCUUGUUUUGGGCUUUUUCUUAAACCUAGGAAACAGUUGUAUUUGUAAUGUUAAUGCAGAAAUAAUAUGAAGACAAUGGGCAAUAAAUAAAUCUUUAGGAACAAUCUCAUACGAUUUACUUAACAGCCAUCAUUGAGCUGAACCUGAAUCUGUCACAUUUGUACCAUGUCUGGACUGAGGCUUUGGACUUGGUCUAAAUUACUCUAGGCAGUUAUCCUGCACUUGACUAGAUGUGAUAUUAUGUGAAUUCAAAAAUGUUUUUGGAAAAUGUCCCUCUGGUGUACCCAGAUCAUUUACUUGUCCAGCUUUUGAUCUGUGGAGGGCAGUUGGUCAAAAAUUUGAAAUAACUGGUCAAAAGAACAUGCAUUUCCAACAUAGUGAUUUUUGUUUAAUUGAUUGUGCUGUAAAAUUGUGCACAUUUUCUGUAAAGUGCAUUUGAAAUCUAGUGACUCAAAGUAAGACUCCUGUAAAGAAGCAAAUGAACACACAGAAAUAAAGUUUUGAUAAUCUUUUAUUCAA